ACAGGCGGAGUGAAAGCACACCCUGCCUUGCCCAAACCCAGAAGUGACGUGAUGGGGGAUGCCUGUUCCCCUUCCUCUCAAGUCCCAGGGGUGAGGGGACAUGGUGGGGUGCCCCUGGAGGGGCCCAGUUUUCCUUGCCAGCGAUGGUGGGGGGAGGCGGCAGCACCCGAGGGAGCGGAGUCCAGCUGCCAGCGUGCUUGGCAGCGCGAGCCGGCAGCAGGCUAUAAAUACCUCCGCGGCAGAUAGGAACACAAAGGCUGGCUCCACUUUCCCCAAAUAGAUCGCAGCAUGGCCAGACAAAGGCGCAUUGAUGGGGUGGCUGGGAUGUACCAGCUGGGCUGGGCUCCGACGGCGGGGAGAAAACCCUGCUUGGGGCGGGGGUCCCGGCCAGACCUGCCCCGAUUUGGGGCAUCACAGCAGCAGGGACCCCCCAGCACAUUUUGGGGCUCAACUCCCCCAGCACCAGGCUGUGCUCCAUGGGUGCCCACCAUCCCGUAGGGGUGCCCUAGGAAAGGCAUUGCAGGGGGAUAGGUACCCAAAAGAUAUGGGUUUAUUUUGGGGGGGUGAUCAAGCCUUUGUGCAGCUCACAGCUGGGGUGCAAAGCAGGGUUGCAAGCUUUUCCUUUGCUUUUGACACCCAGAAAGCAUUUUCGGGGCUGCCAGGAGAUGCUGAGGUCGUAGGGGACAUGCCCAGAGCUGCCGUCCCCAAGCUGGCUGUGGCCCAGGCUGCAGCUGGCACGGCUCUCAGGAGCUGGGGGCAAAAGAGGACAACGGGGCUGCGCAGGGACCGGGAAACAAAGAGUUACAGAGCCGUGGAUGGGGAGUUGCAGUGUCACGUAGCAACACUUCACGCUCCAGGAGCUCACCGCGCUUGGACCCAGGGGACCAAGGGGAAGAGCCUACCCAUAUGGCCGAGCAGCCAGCUCCAGAGCUGGCCCCGUCCACCCAGGUGACGGCCGUGGAUGGCACCGAAGCCCCUCUGCCCCGGACCGCCCGCCGAGGCUCCAAUCCCACAGCCCCAGCACGGAGCACGGAGGAGGGCAAAGCACCACAGCUGCUCUCCCGCCGCAGCUCCAUCCUCAGCACCCUCCCGGCACCCCUGGCCAGCCGCCGCAGCUCGCUGGGGGCAGCCCCGGGGGGCAAGCGCCCCUCCAUCGGCCCCUGGAUGCUCCACAGCCGCGUGAGCUUCUCGGGGCUCCCCCUUUUCCAGCCCAUCCCCGAGAUCCGCCUGGAAAACACCUACAGGAUGCGGCCGGACAAAGGCUGCGGGUUCAACGCGGGGCAGGUGCAGCGGGUGCUGGAGAGGGUCCUGGCCGGGGUCCUAGGGGGCACAUCCUACAGCCCCCAGGGCAGCGCCCCGCUGGUGCACAGCCUGGCCGAGCUGCUGCGGUGCCGGGCAAAGGAGGUGGUGCCGCCCCGCUACAAGCUGGUGUGCCAUGUGCUGCUGGGCCAGCACGGCCAGCAGAGCCUGCUGGUGGCCAGCCGGGCACUCUGGGACCCCGAGAGCGACAGCUUUGCCUCGGCCACCUUCUCCAACACCUCCCUUUUCGCUGUGGCCACAGUGCACGGGCUCUAUUUUGAGUAGCAGCUGCCUCCCCUCAGCCAGCCCUGGAGGGGGAGAGCAGGUGGAAAUAAAGGGAUUUGCACCAGCCCUGGGUGGAUGAGCUGUGGUGCACAUGGGGAGCCAAGGGGAUGGCCCACAGUGCCCCUGCUUGAUGCACACACUUCAGCAGCUUGCAAGAAGUCCCAAGCUGCAAGAAAUCCAACCCAAAAAGCUGCAUUUCCCUGAAGGCUGGGAGCAGGCAGCAGCCCAGCAGCCUGGGGCUGUGCCCUGGAGG